GCAGUGGGGCGUGAUCGCAAGCAGUCGCAUAGGCAGGUACAGUGAGACCGAGUACACCUGCGCGCCUUCAUCAAGACAAAAUGUCUGGAUUUGAUAACAACCCCUUUGCCGAGCCAGUUGAUGUCAAUCCUUUUCAGGACCCAUCAGUAACUCAGGUGACGAACACAGCAGUUGAUGGUAUAGGAGAGUUUAACCCAUUCACUUCCGAUCCUCUGGAUGGCCGUACCAUCCCCAUCUCUCAACCAGCUGUCCUGCCGACUACAGCGCAGGACAGUCCCAAGGCCAGCGCUGCGGCAGGACAAGCCGAACUUCUCCGUCAGCAAGCGGAGCUGGAGAGGAAAGCUGCGGAGCUGGAGCGGAAAGAGCAAGACCUUCGAAAUCGAGAUAAUCCACAAGGUAAAGAAAACAACUGGCCUCCAUUGCCAAGGUUUUUUCCAAUAAAACCUUGCUUCUAUCAGGAUUUUAAUGAAGAAAUCCCUGCUGAAUUCCAGCGAAUUUGCAGAAUGAUGUACUACCUCUGGAUGUACCACGGUGUGACGCUGUUCCUGAACCUGCUGGCCUGUCUGGCUUGUUUUACUAUAUUCCCUCAGAGUGGAGUGGACUUUGGACUGUCAAUCCUCUGGUUUAUUCUGUUCACUCCAGGUGCUUUCGCCUGUUGGUACCGACCCGUUUACAAGGCCUUCAGAUCCGACAGCUCCUUCAAUUUCUUCUUUUUCUUCUUCAUUUUCUCAUUCCAAGUCAUCGUGUACAUCAUUCAGAGCGUUGGGAUCCCCAACUGGGGAAACAGUGGUUGGAUCACAGCUCUCACUGUGGUCAGGACUAGCAUCCCUGUUGGAGUGUUCAUGAUGGUGGUGGCUGUUUUCUUCACGGUUAAUGCUGCGCUGUCAGUCAUCUUACUGAAAUUGGUUCACUCGAAGUACAGGCGAACAGGUGCCAGCUUCCAGAAGGCUCAGGAGGAGUUUUCUCACGGGGUGGUUACCAACCGAACCUUCCAGAGCGCCGCAACCACGGCUGCUUCUUCUGCUGUACAGGGAGGAUUUCGUUAAUCUCCAUAGACAAGACUCUCAUUAUUUACGAAUGCACAAAUAUUACAGAACAAACCCUUAUAACGGAACAAUCUGCAUUUUUAUGCAGAAGGAUUCUUUGGUGCAAUACUUGCAUUUGAUUACUGAAAAUAUGUGGUGGUAAAUGGAGACUUUUCCUGGCUGUUGAUCGGUGAGGCUGACUUUAGGAUUUCGACUCCUUUACACUUUUAGAUCUUACAUUUAAGUUAACAUGGUUAUAUUUUUACUUAAACGAAAUUGCAAAUGCACUAUUUCUGAUAUAUAAACAUGUAAAGUUGAAGUGAUUGUAAUGUUACAGCUUCCGUCUCUAUUGUAUUUAGAAACACAUCAGUUACACUUGAUUAUUGUGCGUUUUAUCUCAUUAAAUGAAUGACAGCAUUAAACCAACCGCUUUCUAACAAAGCUUUUGGCUUUGAAAUUAACAUCGGUAUAUUUUUGGCCUUGCUUUAUUAAUUACGACAUGUAUUUAUAUUUCUUUUGAUUGAACAAUUACUGUGAUGAAAUGUUAAAGUCUUUUUACAUUCUCAGUAAUGUGCUGGUAUUGCAGUGUUGUUGACUAUGUACAAAAUUGUAUAUAUUUAUGCAUUGAUAUUUUAUUUCAUUGUGACAGAGUUGGGUGGGCUGCGCAAUAAAACUUAUUCUAUAUAUGUA